AUGGCUCCCAGCGACGUGACCAUGUCGCAGAUGUUCCAGCGCAUCGUCCACGUCAAAGUGGGCAAGGAAGAGGAGAUAUUCUCCAUCCACGCCGACCUGAUGGUCCAGCACAUGUUCUACUUUGCGCGCGUCCUCGAGACUGGCCCGGCCAUCACUUCCUGGUCGCUCCCGACGGUAACGCCGCGCAGUUUUCACCUCCUCCUCGACUACGUCUACGGCGGACCGCUCAAGCUGAGCUGGGCCAACGUCAAGGACCGUCCCGACCUCGUCGACGCCUGGGUCCUAGGCGACAUGGUAGGCGCAACCAGGUUCUCCAACAUGAUCAUCGAGACAAUCGCAACCAACGCGACGCGGCCCGGUCCGCGCUGCAAGCUGCUGCCCGACAACGUCUGCAUCAACCACGCCUACACGCCCAACGUCACCGAGAAGAACGCGCCCCUCCGCACCCUCUUCGUCGACCUCUACGUCCACUUCGGCACGCCCGACACGCUGAACGAGCUGUUGGCCGGCCCGCACAACCUGCGCGACUUCUGGUUCGACUACUGCAGCCGCAGCCGCAAGAGGGACGAGCACGACACUGCCGCCCGCAAGCGCGGCACUGCGCUGCGCAUGUUCAGCCCGGGCAGCUACUCCAACACGCACCCGCACUACGCCACGCCCGAGCCCAUCCGCGUCACGCGCCCCGGCACCAAGGCCUACCUGUGCCACUACGACGGCGUCAACACCAUCGUCGUCGAGGACGGCGGCCAGCCCCUGUUCGUCCACCGCGAGCUGUCCGAGCUGCGCCAGGACAUCUUGCUGAAGUGUCCGCCGCGCGACAUCGUCUUCCCCGCCGGCUGGCGCAACGCCGCCGUCAUCUUCCUCAAGUGGCUGUACUUUGGCCGAGUGACCCAAGAAACCCACCACCUCCGCGACUUCAUCCGCGCCUACACCCUCGGCCUAACCCUGCACAACCCGCAGUUCCGCGACGACAUCCUCACGGCCACCAUCUCCUACUGCACGCGCAACCAGAUCCUGCCCUCCGCCUCUGAACUCGCCCUCGCCUACACGUGCACCACCGGCCCGGCCUUCGAACCGCACCACAGCCCGCUCCGCCACCUCCUCGUGUGCUGGACCCUCACGCACCGCCACCACCUCGACGCCGCGGGGCUGGCCAUGCCGCUCAACCCUCUCGCUUUGCCCAUGGACCCGGCGCUGCGCGAGGCCCUGGCGCGCGAUUUGGGUGCCGAGCGCGAGGCAAGGACGACGAGCAUGAUUGCGGAUAUGGCGGCGAUGAGGAAGCUCGCGGAGGAGGGAAGAGAGCACCCGAGACCGUAUGCGGAUGAGAGGUUUGCGGGGGAUGUGGCGCUGGGAGGGGUGGUCAGGGGCGCGGUGCCGUAUUACGGGGACGAUGUGUGCAGGUUUCAUGCGGCGCAUCCGUAUUUUGGGUAUAGGGCGCCGUUGGCGAAUGGGGACGGGGAGGUUAAUGGGGGAGUUGGUAUGGCGGCUGCUGCGGAGAGUAGUGGUGCGCUGGGUGCUGCUUCUGCUGCUGGAGGGAGUAGGGGACUGGCGGCGGCUGCGGCUAAGGGCGGCGUGGAGCAUGAUAGGGUUGCUGCGCUGCUGGGGUUCAGCACGAAGGUGUCGAAGGCCGAGGAGGGCCGAUCGAAGCAGCCGGCGAUGAAGAGCAGCGCGGCAACGGGAUGGAAGAAUCCGGCCAACGACAUGCAGAGCGAGGUCGUCGAGAACAACCCGUGCCACGCGCUUCUCCGAAAGAGAAACUGCUACGGCGCCGUCGUGGUCGGAUACAGGCCGAAGCCCAUCUGGCCCGAGACCGUGACCAACGGUAUCGUCGACAGCGCCGUCACGUCCUCCACGGAAAGCCAGGACAAGGGCGCCAAGAGCCAGGCUGCUACGGAGCCGUUAAUCGCGAAGAGGGAAGAAGACUACGCGAAGGACCCAGAGAUCCUAGCCAUGCUGGCCGAAGUCGAAGACAGGCUCAACAGCGUCUCCCUCACCAACACCACCACCACCAACCUCCGCCCUCCUUCCCCCCCUCCCCCGCCGCCGUCGCCCCAGCACCACCAACCGCGUCCACCACCGGCCUUGCACACCGGCCCCAUGAUGCAGCACCGCGCCGGCCAGACAUCCACUCCCUACACGUCCCCCACGGCACCUUACUUCACCGCCGGCUUCCCGCAGCCGCAAUACGACGUCGGCUACAACAGUCUCAGCGGCAGUGAUGACUAUGAAGACAACGAGCAGAACCGAGUCGCCGCGUUCAACGCCCUGCGUCUCCCGCCUGGCUGGCAGCAGCGCCGCUGCGUCGACGGCCGCGCGUACUGGGUGCGCUUGGUUCCUGGUUCGCAGAGGACCGAGGCGACGUGGGUUGAUCCGCGCGAGGCGGUUGUCUGGAGGAGGAGCGAUGAGGUGUCGUUCGUGCCGGGUAUGGGAUGGGGUUUCGAGGAGGGCACUGAGACUGAGGCGGAUGAUGACGAGAGUCAGGAUGGUGCUGGUGGCCAGGACGCGGAUGAGGAUAUGCCUGACCGUCAGCAGGUUGAGAAGAAGAUGGAUGAGGAUGGCGGUGGUUUCGAUGUCCGGGAUUUCGCGCCUGCGGUGGAGGAGAUGGUUGAGGCGGAGUGA